GUUUUUUUUUAGUGUAUGGCUUGUUCCUCUUUCAAACUCUUUUACCUCCUCUUUUUCUCUCUUCCUCUUGCCCUUUAAAAAUGUCUGAUCCCAAUUCACCGAAUCUGAUUAAAAGAGUUGCCACUUUAACAGUACAUAAUAGCAAUAUAUAAUUUAUCGUUUAAUAUACUAAUAUCUGUUAAAUAGACAAGUCGGAUAUACGAGACAAACCACACAAAAGCAUUCACCGUUCUGGUGCUGCUAACAAUGUUGAUUUGCACCAUUUUAGAAGCAAUCAUUGUUAGCUCGCACGUCAGUGUCUACAAUGAAUUAAAAAAGGACAGCAUCAUUGAUAACGAACCCGUCACCUCAGUAAAUAUGGGCCAAGAGAAACCUGAAAGUGAUGUAGCGCUUGGCCUUCGAAGAUUGAAGAACGAAAAUGUCUUCUUCAUCUUGUUAUCGUUAUUUCAACUUGUAUUGGGCAUUGAUGCUCUUGUUCGACAAAGCGUAAUUCAACUGAUGUGCCAUACAUUCUUUCAGAUUUUGGCCGUUGUAUUUGCAGCUAUUCAAGUGGGAGGAACAAUAAGAAAAAAUCACGACGUCAACGCUCUUAACAACCCUGAGGAUCCAGAAGUAGUGUGGCAUUUCGGACUCGCACUUCGAAACGAAAUAGGCCUAGUGUCAGUCAUGGCCAUUUUUGCGUUUAUAUUCAUGUACCUUUGCUGGAAGUUAUACAAACAAUUUGGCUGGAGUGUUUAUAAGAGAAUCGGUGCUGAUAUAAAUCAACAAAAGAGAUUUAGAUUGGCUCAGCUUUUCUUAUUAAACUUGAAAGUGGAUGCGUUUUUCCAACUGGUUUUAUGCGUUUUUUAUGCAGUCGUCAUGUCUCAGGAAAAAUACUAUCUGUUUGCUUUCUCAGAGAGAAAGUUUAUCGGUUACAUCAUCCACAUCAUCUUGACUGUGUUACUAAUCCCAGGCUUACUGUUUGCACGACAUGGUGUGAUCACAGAAAACAAAAAGGUCAUGAUUACCUUUUCGGUGACACAGGUUAUCAUGUGUCUGGAUUUCAUCUUUAUUUUAGUGGACAGUGCAGGAAAUUGGGUUUUUUGGAACUUGGCAGUUUGUCUCGCAAUUGUGCUAUGUAUUUCGACUAUUGUUUUAUCCGUACUUGUGCCUCGUAAUUUUGGUAAAGGAUUAAAACCAUUCAUGCAAAGAUUGUUCGAAUCAGAAGACAAAAAGAAGGAAAAUCAGAAUGAUAACUCAUUAUUAAAACCUGGAAAUGAAUGGCUUAUUGACGACGAAGAAGACUAUCCAUUAUCAUAUACCAAGUCUAAUACCACUUAAAUUUUAACAUACAUCUAUAAACUUUGUACAUAAAAAAAUACUUAAUCAAUGUUGGCUGGAGAUUAAAUAAUAUUAAAAUACACGAA